CCAAGCUCUCUUAUCGCUCGCUCCUCAGGUCUCUCUCUCUCUCUCUCUCUCGUCGCAAUGAGCUUGGCGCUGCUACAGGGCUAUUCGUCGGCAGAAGAAGAAGAAGAAGGAGAAGCCGAGAACUACGAUUUCCAGGAUUCUUCAGGCGACGACGACGGCGAAAGAAACGGCAUCGUGUCCGAUUAUGCCACCAAACCCUUGUUCGACCUGCCCAAACCCUCCUCCCGCGGCGGCUCCUCUCUGCCCUCCGCUUUCGACGCUUUCACCGAGGUGUCAGGGCCGCCGAGAUUUCUGAACAACUGCGUUGAGGAACCGGAGCCGGUCGUCGGGGAUGAUGUUCAGCGGUGGCGCCAUGGUCGCCGGAGAAACCGCAAAGAGAAGAAAGAUUUACCGGCGGGUGCUGUAUUGGAGGCAAAAGCCCAACUCACUGGGAUCCAUGAGAGAGUAAGAAGUGAUAUUGAGGGUAAAACUACUCUAGCAUCAUCUGCUCAACCAAACAGUCAAUUGAGUGCAGCACAAGGAGGCAAGCGUGUGGCAACUGCAGCCAAUCCAAAUGCAGAAGAUGCAGCAGAGCUUCUGAGGAUGUGCCUCCAAUGUGGAAUACCAAAGACCUUCUCUACUGCCAAGGGAAUGGUCUGUCCACAGUGUAGCGAUCGUCCUCCUGCGGACCCAAACGCGGAGCACACAAAGAAGAAGGGAUCCGCUAUUAAGGAAAAGGAGAAGAGUAAGAGAAUGAGAGGCCAGUCGUCACAUGCCACAUGGAAAAGCGAGACAGAGAUGCAGCUCCGUCAGCAGUUCGAUUAGCCGCAUGAUCAGAAGUAGCAAUUUUUUAUUCUAACUUUAAGGGGUGAGGUUGUGCGAGUGCAACUACAUAAAUGUUGUUUUUUAGGCGGCUGACAGCUCUUCUUUGGGGGACAAAGGUGCACCAUGUCUGUGUUAGUUAUGCUAUCUAUCUAGUUCAGCAUGUUCUAUGCAAGGUAGUCCACUCCACUGACUACACUGUUAUUCUAAAGAUGUUUGUUGACGCGGUAGCUUA